AUGAAAGCCUCGUUUCUGUCCCUGCUCACCCUCUUCGCUGGUGUGGCCAGCGCAGCACCCGCCGCGCCCGGAUGGCAAUUCAACCUGAAGAACGCAACGUCGGGCAUUGUUGCGCUCGAGUCAAUCAUCGUCUCCCCAACGCUCGCGCUCUUCUUCGACCGCGCGUCGAACGACCCGCUCCUGGUGAACAACCACUCGGCAUGGGGCGCGCUCUGGAACCUCGAGACGGACACCGCGACACCGCUGGACGUGCUCACGAACUCGUUCUGCGCGAGCGGCGCGCUCCUCUCAAACGGCACUAUGGCAAGCAUCGGCGGAGACCCGCGCGGCUUCGCGGGAAACCCCUCGAUCAAGCCUGGGAACCAAGCGAUCCGUAUCUUUGAGCCGUGCGCGUCCCCGACGGGCGAGGGCUGCACGGUCUUUGAAGACCCGGAGAACCUGCACCUGCUCGCGGACCGGUGGUACCCGACCGCCAUCCGCAUCUUCGACGGCUCGCUGCUCAUCGUGGGCGGCACGCACGUCAACGCCGCGUUCUACAACAUCGACCCCGAGAACAGCUUCGAGUUCUUCCCGCGCAAGGAGGACACGGUGCGGCCGUCGGCGUUCCUCGAGCGCAGCCUGCCCGCGAACCUGUUCCCGCGAGCGUUCCAGCUCCCCGACGGCACGAUCUUCAUAGUCGCGAACAACCAGUCGAUCAUCUACGACAUCGAGACCAACACCGAGACCAUCCUCCCCGACAUUCCGAACAACGUCCGGGUGACGAACCCCAUCGACGGCUCCGCGAUCCUCCUCCCGCUCUCCCCGCCCGACUUCACGCCCGAGGUCCUCGUCUGCGGCGGCACCCAGACGGAUCCGGUCGACCCCUCGCUGCUCUCGUCGCAGACGCCCGCCUCAUCCCAGUGCUCGCGCAUCACGCUCACCCCAGAGGGCAUCGCGAAGGGCUGGGAGGUCGAGCACAUGCUCGAGGGCCGCACGAUGCCCGAGCUCGUCCACCUCCCGAACGGCCAGGUGCUGAUCACUAACGGCGCUGGGUCCGGCUUCGCCGCGAUCUCGCAGGUGCCCGACGCAGUCGGGAACUCGAACGCGGACCACGCGGUGCUCGUGCCGAGCCUGUACACGCCCGGGCUCCCGCUCGGCCGGCGCAUCUCGAACGCGGGGAUGCCGAACGCGGGGAUCGCGCGUGUGUACCACUCCAGCGUCACGCUCACCCCCCAGGGCAACUUCCUCAUCGCGGGCAGCAACCCGAACAACGACUUCAACGCGACGGUCAAGUUCUCGAGCGAGCUCCGCGUCCAGACGCUCGACCCCCCAUUUAUGUUCGUGGCCCGGCCGAAGAUCCUCAACAUGCCCGCGAAGCUCGCAUUCGGCAAGACGUUCACCGUCCCGGUCUCGGUGCCCAGCACGCUCGCCGCGCGCAACCUGAAGAUGCAAGUCUCGCUCAUGGACCUCGGCUUCUCCAGCCACGCGUUCCACUCCAGCGCCCGCCUCGUCUUCAUGGACGCGCAUCUGUCCGUAGACCGCAAGUCGCUCACCUUCACCACGCCCCCGAACGGCAAGGUGUACCCGCCGGGCCCGGCGACGAUCUUCCUCACCAUCAACGACGUGUCCAGCGAGGGCGCGUGGGUGAUGGUGGGCAGCGGCAACUCUCCCCCCACUCUCGAGUGA